AUGCCUACCCGUAAGCGUUUGGGGUCACCAUCGCUUCAUGGCCUACGCAGAUUACGGCGAAUUGCUAACAGGCCUGGUAACAAAGAUGUUGCAGUUCUGCCCGGCGACGAAAACAGUUCUACGAAUGAUUUUGACGAAGAUCGAUAUCGCCAUACCGAUGACGAUUAUGAACCAGGAGAAGAGGAUGAGGAGGUUGAGCAAGACGACGACAACGACGAAGAAGAAGAAGAAGAUAGAAUCCGCACUUUGAAGAAAGAUGUCAAAGACAAAGCUAGCGAGAGGAUAGUUACGAUCAUUCCUUACGAAAGAUUACGUCCGCUCGACGGAGUCGAAUAUGCAGAUUACAAAGUACACAGAAAUACCUUGCUAUAUCUGAAGGAUCUCAAGGCGAACAACAGACGCGCGUGGUUCAAGGAUCACCAGAAGGAGUUCAUACGUGCCUUGAAAGAUUGGGAAUCGUUUAUAAAGACGCUGACACCCAAGAUCAUUGCUUUCGACUCUACUAUCCCAAAACUUCCACCCUAUGAUGUAAUAUUUCGCAUAUAUCGAGACCUCCGCUUCAGCAAGGACCAGAGGCCCUACAAGUCGCAUUUUUCCGCAGCAUUCUCACGCACAGGUAGAAGGAGGCCAUAUGCAUGCUACUAUAUCCAUCUAGAGCCGGGUUCGUCGUACGUCGGCGGUGGGCUUUGGGCCCCUGAGCCGCCGACCGUCCAGCUACUGCGGGAAAGCAUUGACGAGAGGCCUCACAUUUGGCGCCAAGUGUUGAGCUCUCAGGCUUUCCGGGGCAUGUUCUUGCCGAAGGCGAAUGGAGGAGUGGAAGGUGCAUUGACGGCAUUUGCUGAUAUCAACAAAGAAGGGGCUUUGAAGACAAAGCCAAAGACCAUCGGGAUAUCCAGCUAUUGA